ACAUUUUAAAUUGUCCAAUUUUUGACGUUUUACAUCUCUUUUACAAUCUACUGCCCUUUUGCUUCUCUAUAAUGUAUUAUUUUUGCGUGACUCAUAUUUUCAAAUGCUCCGCUAUGCGCUAAUUUACAUCGCCGCGUUCAUGUUUAUUUGUGGAAGGUACAACGCAAUAAACAUCCAGCCUUUACCACCGUUUAGCAGUAACUUCCUGCGGGAAGUAGCCAAUUUCGACAGUCUAAACGAACCCGAAGCCGGUCAACAACACGAGAACGGUGUUUUAGAAGAAAGGCAAAGCAUGGACGAAGAAGAUGACGAAGAAAAUUGUCCGCCGAAUCAGAAGUGUCCGCGUUGUUCCGGCAAUGAGAAAAAAGCAAACGGAUCGGAUUUUACCAAAAGGGAUUUGGACGAAAUAGGGUCACUUUUUGUAAACCAUUUCCUCGAAAAAGACCGGGAACAUAGAGGUACUGAACAAGAAGAUGAUGACGUUCAGUUUGUUCAACAACAAAAAGAUAUACAAAAUAUAACGGACGAAGGGCAAAAGGUCUACGACAAGAUUGAGGAAGAAGUGGGGGGAGAUACGAGGAUAGAGUGUUCAAAAACGUGCGAGGAGGGACCUGACGAAAGCUCAAAUAGACAGCGGACUGGGCCGUCCAGUGGUUUUGUAAAAAUGCACUUUUUUAAGCACAAACCUAGUAGUAUUGGUCACAAAUACCAGAGAUCAGUCUCAGUUAGUUUGUUCCCCAAUAGCGAAAUUCCACAACAAUACGAUUAUAUUGCCCUCUUGUCAGAUGACGAUAAGUUUGUUAACGUCCCAGCCGUCAAGUUCAAAGUUUUAUCGAAACGAAAUAAGAGAAGCGAUAGUUUUUUCCCUUUUUUUGUUUCCACUUACAAGGUAGGGUCUCACCAACUACCCGAUUUUGGAAAACUGAAAUGUCGACAUUGCACUCAUGUUCCCAUUCUCUUUAUCAACACAAUCCCCAAGUCACUGAAAAAGCUUUCCAAAAGGUCCCCAAAUUUCGAUCUUUCAAACAAUAAGUAUUUACGCGACGCGGAUCUGUUGAUCGAAAACAUCAAAACUUCGCUCAAAAUGGAGAUGGGUGAUGAUAAAGUUCCAAGAUUUGUUGAUGGUGGAGUUUUGGUCAAUUCGGGGGUGAAGCAGAAAAAAGACGUUAGUAGGGAUCUUUCUAUUCCGUUUAUAAAUCAAAACCAAAAACAAGGACUAGACAAUAAUGUUGAAACAAAUCUUAUUCAAAAUCUUCCAGCCAAAAACCCAGUUUCAGUGUCUAAUUACGAAAGCGAUCUUUCUUUUGAAGCUCCACAGGACUUAGACUUAACUGUUUUAAAAAACGAAAAACUCUCCAAAGUUCCUCUAAAUAAUGACAAAAUCCUAGUUCAAAAUAACUUUAAUCCGCUAGAAUGGGAGCUAAGCAAUAGUGGAAAACAUAAAAUUGAAAAAACUGCACCUGAAAUGUCCCCAGCAGAAAUCGACAAUUUGGUCAAAGGUGCGGUCGGUAAUUUAGAUCUUGCCCCUUUAGAUGAUAAGGAUCUUGUCCAGCCAGUUUAUUCUUUUCAAAACUUGAAUUCAAAUUCACCAGAAGUUGACGCAGUAAAGGAAGAAGCUCUAAUCGAUAACAUUGAAUCAAACAAUUUAGUCAAGAGUAUCGUCGAACCUAUAGCCACCAAUGUGGUCAAACAAGUUAUUGAUGCGGUAAAAUUGGGUCCAAGUCCUAAAUUAGAUGGCUGGGCACAAAGUGUGGUCCGUCCAGUAGAUGCUAGAUCAGGAGACAAAACAGUUAAUUUAGUGAAGAAAGAAAUUUCUACGGAAGCGUCAAAACUAGACAAUUCUUUAGUAGAUAAUGAGUUAGAUUCAUUAACAAAUGAAGCAAAUAGUUUAGUGGCAAAUUUAAAUCAAGGAUUAUUAAAACAUUCAGUAAAUCCAUCAGCAAAUGUGGUACCUAAAAACAGUAAUUUAAAAAGUAGAGAAAUCAAUUCCCUGGCGAGUGGUGAUAAUUUAGCCAAUAACGACAAAAAUUCUUUCGAUUUAAAUCAGGAUAGUUUUGUAAAAAACCAAGUCAGUUUAGGUGAGACGGGAAAUAGCGCUAAGUUCCAAUCUGAGGACACUUUAGUACAAAAUGAUCCAUCAUCAGCAAAUUUUCAAGAAAGAGUAAGAGACAGCAAUGUUGGUUCCGUUGAUAACUCGCUGGAUAGUUCUUUGGGUUCCUCACUCGACAGUUUAAAUCAACCGGAAAAACUAGUUCCUGCAGAAAAAUUUUCCGACUCUUCGAAAAACCAAAUCGGUUCGGACAAUUCAUAUUCUGACAAUCUCGUCAAUGCAAAUAGCCAACAAAACCAAAUUGCUUCCAAAUUUGAGAAAAAAUUGAUCUCUAAUAAUGACAUCAAUGAACUUCUUAGAGAUGUUGAGAUUUUAGAAAAUUCCGAGCCCAAAGUAACGAAAUUAAGUAUGAAAGUUAGUUGUAAAUUUGAGGAAGAAGAAUUGAAUGUAUCAGCUAAAACAACACCACUGCCUCCACCGCCACCCCCUCCAACAACUCUACCACCGCCUCUAUCAACCGAACCACCACUCCCUCCAACAACCACUUGUCCUCCAAAUGAUCAAAACUUUGAAGAUAACACACCUGAAGCGCAAUCAAAUGAAGAGAGAAGUGAAGACUACGAAAAUGAAGAUCUUGGUGAUAUACUAGAUUUAUUGUCGAACAACAGUACCACUAGUGGGCAAUACGUAAGCCAAACGGGUGCUACGUCAAUACCAACAAUAAGCGCAAAUUCUGCAAAUUCCACUCCUGUCACAGGUGCUUUACAAACGGAGACGUCAGCUAGUGAAGCAUCAACUAUGUCUACAGUCGGGACGACUACAGGCAAAGGCAUAAUACAAAAAGGCAAAAAUACGUUUUUGGAUAAGUUGCACGAUCUUCAGAAAGACUUAAAAUUGGUCUUUGAAAUACAAAACAUACUCAGUGGUUCGAAAAAGCAAGAGAAUCAGCAUAAAAGAACCAAAAGAGAGGUUUUGCCGUACUCUUAUCAAAGAUCUAGAAGAAAAUGUCAUAAAAAAAAGGUAACAACGACUGAACGUGUUCAAACGACAACGGACAUGUGUGCACUCAAAGCAAAAAAAAUGAAAGAAGUCUUAGGGUUGGGAAAACUUUUGCAAUGGAAAAACAGACACGAUACCAUGGGUAGCGACGAGUGUUCACGGUAUAAACGUUUUUCUUUUAAAAAGUGGCGCAAAAGAAGAAAAAAGAAAAAAAAGAAGAAGAAGAAGAAAAAGAAAUUGUGGAAACGCAUCUUCGGCAAACCAACACAGCAUCAUUUUUUAGGCGAAGAUUAUCAAAAUUCCCUGUAAAUA